UUUUGAUGUUCAUUGGAUUUACUCUAUUCUUCAUUUUUAUUUUUUUCACCGUCUUUCACUCAUGGCUUCUGCUUCAAUGUUUUACUCUUUCUUCUUCUUCUUCUUCUUCUUCUUCUUCUUCUUCUUCUUCUUCUUCUUAACUUACGCUCAAGAAAACGGCACCGUUCACACUUUUUGCUUCUACGAAGGAGGAAACUUCACAUCCACGACUUCAUAUUCUCUCAAUCUCAAACGUCUGAUCUCAUCUCUCCCCGAUCUAACUCCAACCAUCAACGGCUUCUACAAUAUCUCCACCGAUGGCGAAGUCAACGCCAUAGCUUUAUGCAGAGGAGAUCUAAAACCAAAUCAAGAUUGCAUAAGCUGCAUUACAAACGCCGCAAAACAGCUCGUAAAAAGCUGUCCUAACAUCAUCGAAGCCGCGAUAUGGCUCGAAAAAUGCAUGUUUCGUUACACAAUUCGAACCAUUGUAGGUCAAAUGGAGCCAGUUCCUUUUUACCACACAUCAAGCAAUGUUAGCGUGAGGCACAAGGAAGGCUUCAGCAAGGGUUUAGGUGACCUAUUAAAUUCUUUAGGGUCAAAAAUUGUGGCUGCGUAUGAGACCGAUGAGGUUAAGUUUGCAGCAGGAGCGAAAGGGACGGUCUAUGCGCUGGCUCAGUGUACACCAGAUUUGUCUAAAUCAGAUUGUGGAAUCUGUCUUUCUCAUAUCUUUGCUGGGGUUCCUACUUGUUGUGAUGGAAAGACAGGUGGAUGGUGGAUGAAUCCAAGUUGCUAUUUUAGGUUUGAAGAUUACCCAUUUUUCGAUCUCUCGGUUAUCUCACAACCUUUUUCCUCUCUUCGUUACAAUGACGCCAAAAUAAGUGAUCAAGGAGGAAACGGUAAAGACUGGUUUAAAACUCUCGUCUUUGCGGUAAUUUCCAUUGUGACAAUUGUCUUAGUUCUUGUGUCUCUCUUUACUUGCUUAACGAGGAAGAAGAAGAAGAAGACAAAUCCAAAGGAAGAAGCUUAUCCUAUCAAGCGGAAGCAGUUGAACUGGGCAAAACGGUACAGCAUCAUCGUAGGAGUUUCCCGGGGAUUGCUUUACCUUCACGUAGGCACUGAGUUUCCCAUAAUCCACCGUGAUCUCAAAUCCUCCAACAACACAAGCAAUAACAAGAACAAUUGCUGGAACUUAGCUUGGAAGAAUUGGAUUGGAGGAACAGCAAUGGAUCUAAUAGAUCCUGUUCUUCUGAAAUCUUACUCUAAGAAACAAUCGAUGCAAUGCUUAGAAAUUGCUCUGGCUUGCGUUCAAGAGCAUCCUACGAAAAGACCAACGAUGGAAUCAGUUGUUUCGAUGCUUAGCUCUGAUUCUAAGUCUCUCCAUCUCCCAGAGCCAUCGCCGCCUGGUUUCAUCAGAAGAUCAGUGCUGUUUCUCUCACAGAUUUGUCUGCACUUUAAAGCUUUUUUUAGUUUGGGGAAACAAGUAAAGCUUCGGGCUUUAAAUACGAACCCAGUUCCUUCGAUUCUUCUUCUCCAUUUCUGUAACUAUGGCGACUUCUCUUCGGAGAUUAUUCUCCAAUUCCGUACAAUCUUCUUGAGUAAACCCAUUAUCCGGAAACAGAGUCGUCUUCGUUCGGGUUCUCGAAGUUUAUCUAUUUCCUCAGAUUAUCAAUUUGGGUCUGCGACUUCUGAGGUUUCUUCAAAUGCAGCGUCAGAGACCGGUGGUGGUAUUGUCAAUGAAGGGUUUCUGAGAUGGAGAAAUGGAGGAGGGACAUGUCAUAGCUCGGCUCAAAUUGAUUCAUCGGCUUUGGUUGAGUUUGGCGCAAUUGUUCAUGAAAACGCGGUCUUAGGUCCAGAGGUUCAUGUAGGAUCUGGGACUGUUAUUGGACCAUCGGUCAAAAUCGGUCCAUCCACAAGAAUCGGAUAUAAUGUUUCAAUCAGCAACUGUAGUAUUGGUGAUUCAUGUGUUAUCCACAAUGGAGUCUGCAUAGGUCAAGAUGGCUUUGGUUUUUAUGUGGAUGAACAUGGAAACAUGGUGAAAAAGCCCCAAACUUUAAACGUAAGCAUAGGAAAUCGUGUGGAAGUCGGAGCUAAUUCUUGCAUUGAUCGAGGCAGUUGGAGAGAUACAGUGAUUGAAGAUGAUACAAAGAUAGACAACUUAGUCCAGAUUGGGCACAAUGUGAUCAUAGGAAAAUGUUGCUUGCUAUGUGGUCAAGUAGGCAUCGCUGGUUCAGAGGACGAGCUGCUGUUCGAGACCAUGUCUCCAUUGUAUCCAAGGUUCGACUUGCGGCUAAUAGUUGUGUUACCAGAAACAUCACUAAGCCAGGAGAUUUUGGAGGCUUUCCUGCUGUCCCAAUUCAUCAAUGGAGAAAGCAGAUUGUUCAAGAUCGGAUUUCGAACAAGAGGAAAACCUGAAUCAGAGAAAAAGAAAGGACAGUGAAAAGAGAUGACAGAAAUGUAGUUUUGUUUCGAAUGUCUUCGGUGAAGGGCUUGUUUUGUAUUUUACGUCGAGACCAAUUUAACGGGUUUAAAACUUCAAAGUUAAAAGUACAGCAAGAUGUGAAUUAUUUAGACUAUAUAAUAUAAUUGUCUCUCUCUGUUUUAAAGUUGGAUAUUUAUAUUUUUUAUUUGGUAGUAUUAUUAGUAUGGGACUUUGGGUAAUGGGUGCGUUGCAUUAUUCAAAAUUUCAAAAUGUAUUUUAGCGAGACAGCUUCUCUGGCUGCAAUUCAUUAGUUUGACACUCUCUUAGGCCUUGAUCAAUCAAAUGUUUUUUCUUCUA